UGAUGAGUAACUCUGUUUUCACCCCCACAGGACAUGAUGACAUUUGUGUUCCUACUGCUUAUACUAACAGUGAUGCCUUCUUCCAUGUUGGCGGCUCGUAAAGCAAAGAGGCAAACUGACUUCUGGGGGAGCUGGGGAGAAUGGGGCGACUGCAGCAGGAGCUGCGGUGGAGGCGUCAGUUUUCGGCAGCGACGCUGUUACUCAAUAAGGGCAGAUGGUGGGUUCAGCUGCAUAGGACCGACCCGAAACUAUCGCUCGUGCAAUGUUAAGAACUGUCCUGAGGGCUCCAGAGAUUUUCGAGCAGAGCAAUGUGCUGAGUUUGAUGGGAUAGAAUUUCAGGGAAAGAGAUACAAGUGGCUUCCUUAUUAUGGAGCACCCAAUAAAUGUGAACUAAACUGUAUCCCAAAGGGAGAAAACUUCUACUACAGGCACAAAGACACCGUGACUGAUGGGACACCCUGUGAGCCAGGGAAGCAUGAUAUCUGUGUGGAAGGAGUCUGCCAAGCCGUUGGCUGCGAUAACAUUCUGGAUUCUUCCAAGAAGGAAGACAAGUGCCUUCAAUGUGGUGGAGAUGGCAGAGCCUGUUUUGAGGUGAAGGGCUUCUUUGAUGUGCCCAACCUCCCUAAAGGCUACAAUCAAAUCUUCAUCAUUCCCAUGGGGGCCACAAGCAUCCGGAUUAAGGAAGCAACACCUACCAGGAACUUCUUGGCCAUCAAGAACGCGCAAGGGGCCUACUAUCUGAAUGGCCACUGGACGAUUGAGUUCAGCCGUGCCUUGCAUAUUGCUAGCACAGUUGUGCAUUAUGACAGGGGUUCUGAGGGGGAUCUGGCACCUGAACUUCUUCACGCCAGAGGCCCAACUACUGAGCCCUUGGUCAUUGAGCUUAUCAACCAGGAGCCAAACCAAGGGGUACAUUAUGAAUACUACCUGCCAACACAAAGGCAGAGCUUGGGCUACAGCUGGGCCUAUGGUUCCUGGGGCGAAUGCAGUGCUGAGUGUGGUGGAGGUUAUCAGACACGCUUGGUCUUUUGCACAAUUGACAAUGAAGUAUAUCCAGAUUAUAUGUGCAGAGAUAAACCACAGCCAGAAAAUAACCAAACUUGUGGCCUUCAGCCAUGUCCCCAGACAAAACGGAUAUCUUACCUCUAUCUGCCGGGAGCAUGGAGCCGCAACACAGCAUGGAGCUUACAAACAAAGAGAUGGAAGAUUGGGGAAUGGGGAGCUUGUUCUGCCACCUGUGGAGGAGGCACCCAGACUCGUUCCGUUUAUUGCGUCUCCCACCACGGACCUGGUUCUCAAAAUGCUGUGGAUGAUGCCGAGUGCGCAUCCUUGACAGAGAGGCCGCGUAGCACACAGCCUUGCAACAUGCGUCAGUGUGCAGCAUGGACCACAGGGCCUUGGUCUGAGUGCACAGCUAGUUGUGGGGAAGGUAUUCAGACCCGGACUGUAAACUGCAUGUUGGAGCUGGGCACUCGGACUCUCGAAGUUGCCUGCUUGACACAACCAAAACCUUCACGCACCCAGUCCUGCACUGGUGAGAAUUGUAUCCAAGAGAUCGGCUGGCAUAUUGGAGACUGGGGACUGUGCUCAAAGAGCUGUGACUCAGGCAUCCGAACGCGCCAGGUCAUGUGUGCAGACGGGGAUUCCAAGUUCUACAACCACGAGAUGUGCCGGGCCAUUCAGCCGCAGAUACCAGCCAUGCUUGGAACAUGCAACACCCAGCCUUGUCAUCUGCCACAGCAGGUUCCCAGUAUGCAAGACUCUGCAGGCUAUGAUGUCAACCGCCAGACCUCACUGACCCGAUACAAUCCUGACCUCGGCACCAUAGCUUCUGCAAAUGAAAGAAUAACCCAAGCUGGUUCUACUACUCAUCACCAAGUCCAGCCUAAUGGAGAUCAUGACUCCAAUUUCUUGCCCCUUCAAUGGGAGUCUUACUUAGGAUCCUCAGCGUCCCGCCACUUCAGUUCCCAUCAAAAUGUUGCCUCAACAACUGAAGUUCAAGACUGCAACCAGAGCCUUCAUGGUUGCUGUUCAGAUGGCCAGACUGUGGCCGCUGGUCCUUUUGGGCAAGGCUGCCCAUUUGACACUUGCCAUCAGAGCAGGUAUGGGUGCUGUCCUGAUGGAAUAUCACCUUCUCAGGGGCCAAACAAGGAAGGGUGCCCACAAUACUACAGUGAUGUUUAUGUGAACAGGAAUGAACCUGCUGUUGCUGCUCCAACAGCGAGCCGAGUUCUGUCCCAGGAGAGGCCAGCGGAGGAGUGUCGUGUUUCUACGUAUGGUUGCUGCUACGACAACGUUGCUUCUGCUUCUGGGCCUCAGGGGGAUGGAUGCCUCAAUAGACCCAGCCAACCUUAUCCUAUCGGUUGCCUGCUGCCCAGCGCCCAUGGACCCUGCACAGAUUGGACUACGCGCUGGUACUUUGUACAUGACGUUGGGAAAUGCAAUCGGUUCUGGUAUGGGGGCUGCCACGGCAACAACAACAACUUUGCUUCUGAAGAGGAGUGCAUGAAAACUUGCCAUAGAUCAGUGGGUGGGAGUGAUGUGGGACACCAGCACCAUGCUGCAGUUCCUAACAUCCACUCUAGUUCUCACCUGCGAGGAGUUGCAGAGGAGCAGCACCACCAGCAGCCUGCAAGAGGAGCCACGAGUCAUAGCCAUGGAGGAGGAGGAGGACGUGGGGCUUUCCAUUCUCACACUGGCUCAGAAACUCACUCAUUGCUACAUCAUGGGGAGAGAAGCUGGGGAAGGACCAUGACUAUAGAUAGCCUGCCUGAGUCUCAGCAAGGGAUGGGGGAAAGAAGGAAGGAUCCAGCAAACCACCUUCAUGGUUUAGGGGAAACUGUGGUCUCUGGACACUCUGAGAGGCGGCAGACGGUUCACCGUGAGCAUGGUCAGACGGCUCACCGUGAGCAUGAAGGGUGGAGGAGAGAAUCUGCAGCAGAUGGAUCAGUAGCGAAUGGAUUUGAGCGCCAAACCUCAGCAAGCUCUUCCUUCCCUCAUUCUCUAAACAGGGUCUUCUUGGAUGGAUCGGAGUCUUCAGCAGUGGAGGCCGGCUUGGGACAAAGCAUCCGUCUUCUCUGUAAGGCAGGCAGUUCCCGCUUCUCCAGAGUUGAAUGGCAGAAGGAUGGGCGGCCAGUGUCCUCUGACAGGCAUACCUACCAGUCUGACAGUUCCUUGGUGAUCAGCCAGCUCAGAGCUGAGGAUGCUGGGACCUACAUGUGCAAAAUUUCAAAUGGGAGGGUAGAGCACAGGAAGAUUGUGCUGAGGAUCAAAGAAAUCCCUGGAUCUGAUGUUUCACAGAGAGCGGGGAAUCAGCUGAUUCAUGGUCAAAAUCACCAGCACAGAGCGUUUGUUUCAGGACUUAGUACUGGGCAGUCACAUGACUCUCCUGUCAACCUUCCUCAGACAACAUACAGGUUAAAAAUGUAUAAGAAUGAACCCUCAAUUGUUGAUGCCAAUAUCGGGGAGCGAGUCAGAUUGCCUUGCCGUGUAGAGGCUUUGCCUUCUGUAACCAUUGAGUGGCAGAAAGACGGACAGCCCAUCUCCUCUCCAAGGCACAGACAGCAGUCUGACGGUGCCUUAGUUAUCAGUCGCCUUGCCUCCGAAGAUGCUGGCUUCUUUACCUGCAUUGCUUCCAAUGGCCGGGAUCAGGAUCAGCGAAGAGUCCAGAUCAUACCUAGAGGGGAGCUGAGAAUCACUGGCCUGCUGCCCAGCCUCUCUGUGUCAGAGGGGGAGACUGCUCAGCUUCAAUGUGUUGUGACAGGCAACAAUGUGAACAUAAGAUGGUCAAGGAAUGGAGUUCCGGUGAGAGCCGAUGGCCAUCAUGUCCAGACGUCCCAGGAUGGAAGCCUAUUCAUAUAUAAUGUGCAGACGAGUGAUGAGGGGUCCUACACCUGCAAUGCCUACAGUGGCAGUAAUUCUGUCAGUGCUAGUACAGAGCUGAAACUUAUCCGGAAGAGGCCAGAAGUACCUGCACGCCUCCCUAUGGACCCAAGCAGGGAAUGUGUUGACCAACCACACCUUGCCAACUGUGACCUGAUUAUACAGGCUCAACUCUGCAAUAAUGAGUAUUACUCUAGCUUCUGCUGUGCCAGCUGUUCUCACCACCAGGGCUGAACCUCAUUUUCCCCUAAUGUGGUCCUGCUCCAGAAGAAGGAAGUUUAUGAUCUGCAGUCCUGAUUGCUUGAGAAAUCCCAUAUUUGUUUACUCAAGCACACACUUACACACACUGGGAAGUGGAAAUAGGUAGCAGUAGCCAAAUUUCUACCUUUCUUAAGCUUUCUGUGUUGUUUUGCAACACAAACACUGAUUGUCUAACAGCUGGCUGACCUACCCAUUCAAGGAAAUAACAAGGGACUGUUUUUCUAACAUAGUUUAACAAGCAAUAUGGACAAGAGUCAAAAAGCAAGGAAGAAAGGUUCCUUCAGGCUGAUUAAUGAUAACAAGCAGCACUCACCUUUAAAGUAGACUAAAACACAAAAAUAAAUUACAGAAAGCCACUGAGCUCACAUGUCUGUGGAAAGUUGGCAGGUUGACCGUCAGUCUUUCCCAUAUGGUUAUCACAAGUGUCCUACAAUCACUCAACCCUUUCCAACUUUCAAGAGUCGCAAUUGGACCAAGUGGAUCUGCUUCACUACAGAUACAGACAGCUGUAAUGAAGAGGCCUUGGCAGCAUGCAAACAAUGCUUAGUAUUAGAGCUGCAAGGGAGUUGCUGAAAUGAAGAACUAUAGGAAUUUGGAUUGGGUCUUGCACUUCCGAUACCCCUGAGAAAAUAAGGCUGCAAUUCUGUAGCCAUUUUCCUGGGAAUAAGCCCCUCUGAACACGGGGGGGGGGGCUUAAUUCCAAGUAAAUAUGCACAGGGUUGUACUCCAAGUCUCCCGAAGAACAACAUUAAGAAUCUGUUGUGAAGUUCUGGGAUUCUUCAUGCAUAUCAGUGCCAGAGUAUAUGGGGUAUCUCCUAUGUGUAGCUAGCCAGGGCUCUGUUUCUUCUCAGAAAAAUUACUCUUAGAUCACAACGUGAAUGUGUAACAUCUAAGGAUAACCACUGAUGCCAAGAAAGGUCAUGUUGGGUAAGGGAAGCUUUUACGUCCAGGCCACAAAGCAGUCAACUUUAUUGAUCUCUAGAAAUUGCUACUGCAGUAUAAACAAAUUAUGUAAACAAGGAUGGGAUCCUAAACCACGGGCAGAAGGGGGGGAAAACCCUGUACGUUCCAUAUCCCAGUAAUCUGGGCAAGUCACUUGGUUGUUGUGAGAACCCAAAAGUAAAAAGUCUACAUGUCAUGUGGAAGGAAUGGGUUCUUCAUUAGUUCUUAAUCAUAGUUCUUAAUCAGAGGAAAAAUUAUGCCUACAAGUUGGAACUUUAAUAGCAACAAUAUACAUCAAUUUCCUUUCCAAAGCCUUUAACAGGAAGCGCAUGUAUACUUUUCUACAUUGACAUUCAGUUCAACCCACUACUACCAGAUGUACUUAUAAGGUAAAGCCAUGAUUUACCACCCAGUAGUCCUCUUUGAUAACCUUUAGGGACACCUUUUCGUUAGUCUUAUUUUGUGUUAUUUCAGUAGACUGCAAACAAGCACAGUGGCCUACAGUGCAACAGUCCUGGAAUAAAUUCAAAGCCUAUGGUUCCCAAACUC